AUUACGUGGUUACGGUUUCCUCCAUCGGCAGGGUAGUUAUCUUUGGCACCAAUUAAAGCUGGCUGCAGCUUGCUGAGCAGAAUAGCUGUGAAAAUAAUACGGACUGUAGCGCCCCCGUGAGACCGAAAUACAGGGAUGACGUCAGUGUCAGAAUUUGCAUUACCAGGCGAGGAGUAGGUGUUCUGGACUCUGUUGUGGUCUAUUGUUUCAAAAGGAUGUCAUACGCUUACCUCUUUAAAUACAUCAUCAUAGGGGACACAGGUGUUGGAAAGUCCUGCCUCUUGCUCCAGUUUACGGACAAACGUUUCCAACCAGUGCAUGACCUCACGAUAGGAGUUGAGUUUGGUGCUCGUAUGAUAACUAUCGAUGGCAAACAGAUAAAGCUGCAAAUAUGGGAUACCGCUGGGCAGGAAGCCUUUCGCUCAAUCACAAGAUCAUACUAUAGGGGUGCCGCUGGUGCCCUUCUUGUGUAUGACAUCACUCGGAGGGACACUUUCAACCACUUGACUCUCUGGCUGGAGGAUGCACGCCAGCAUUCCAAUUCCAAUAUGGUGAUUAUGCUGAUUGGGAACAAGAGCGAUUUGGAGACCAGGCGGGAAGUGAAAAUAGAGGAAGGGGAGGCAUUUGCUCGGGAGCAUGGCCUGAUCUUCAUGGAGACAUCAGCCAAGACAGCAGCCAACGUGGAGGAGGCAUUCAUAAAUACGGCUAAGGAGAUUUAUGAGAAGAUUCAAGAAGGAGUCUUUGAUAUCCACAAUGAGGCAAAUGGAAUUAAGAUUGGACCACAGCAUUCCCCUACCAAUCCUAGUAUGCCUGCCAGUGGCCCUGGGUCCAGCUCCAGCAGUGGCUGCUGCUGAGCAGAAAUGGCUUCAUAGUGCUGACAAAGCAAGGAGAAGCAGCAGUGCUUUUUGCCGCACUACCCUAUGUGUGUACGGAAGGCACAAGUGUCAACCUGUGCUGUUUACUUGUAUGUACACAACAUAAAAAUGCUCUUGUCUCAUGCAAGUUUUGCACUUGUGUCUGAAGUUCGUAGUGAGGAUGUUUAUUUCUUUUCCCACGUUUUUUGUGUUCUGUGUGCGUGAGUUAAAUGAAGGAAGACUUGCACUCAUUUUGGGUGCAUUGCCAGAAAGGGCAUUUGCCUGUACGUAUACACACAUCAGUGCAAAAUGCUUGAUAUAUUGUGUGCAUAUAUCCAUGUUUCCUGUACCCGGGGUGUCUAACAGGGGUAAACCAUGAUUUUCUAUUUUGAUUUCCUGUGGCUAUAGAGUGCCUCUGUUAUUUCUAUGAGUGUUCUGUUUUAUUAGAUUCAGUUGUGUCACGCCAUGUAGUCAGUGUGCUUCCUUUAGCGUCUUCAUGGUGUAAUCCUAGUCAGACACAUUCCCAGGCUUCUGCAUUGAUUGACACCACCAAGAACUGUUCGAGUUCUAACUGUGUAGUGAGAAUAAAUUGAGAGCUUGGGAUAGUAUUUGAAAUCGCAUUGCUGCUGCUGCUGCUGCUUUUAUUUUUCAUUCUUAAUGUUAUACAGUGGGAAUGCACCAGAAAAGUGCAUAGUAUUUAUAUAUAUAUAUAUACAUAUACAUAUAUAUAUAGUGUACUUGUGUAAAUAUCUCUCUGGUUAUCAUAUAUGGUUUUGUGUACCACUACCAGCUAGGGAUGGGCAGUGUUCAAAAUCUGUAAAAUAUACGGUAGGUAAAUUGAGAAAAAUGAUCAAAAGAUACCCUUCUGUUGGUUAUACUGCAAAGUGGUCACUGGAGGGAAUUUGUGCCAUGAUAGCAUUUGUUAGCAAUUGUUAGGGAAUGUUCUACCAGGGAGUUCUCGAAUUGAUUAACAGGUUCUACAUAAUUAGGCUAAGAUAAAUUAUAUGGUAAGCCCAAUUUCUGAAAGCGAAUUUAGGCUAGCAAAUCGGCAUGAAACAUGUGAUGGCAGGCUACAUCCAACAACCACAGUUAGGUGACAAGGAAAACAACUGCACACACUCAAGCAGCCUUUUUUCCCCCUAGAUACAGAUGAGUUCUUUGCUGCUAGCAAUUAUGAGUUGCAAGUACGUUAGAGGUUUCUGGUGUAAAUUUUUAGUACCUUUGAUAGCAUACUUUUUUAAGCAAGAUGUCCAUCAUUGAAUGCUGUUGCAAAAGUAGUGACCUUGCUUGAGAGGCAUGAACCAGUGGGGCAAGAGGAAUAAGUGACCACCUUGUCACCGGGUUUGUGCAGAAUGCAUUCCUGUUUAAUUUAAUAAGGGCAUUGUAUGGGCACUGUUCAGGACUGUGGGAUCAUGUGCAUCGCAGUCCAACCUCGGUCUUAGUCACUCUGGGACGGCUUAGGUGAAGGGGAGGACACAUUUUGUGAUGACUGGUUCGAGUGCCUCUUUCAGAAGCCACUUACUUUUCUUGUACAAAAUCAUAUCAUUGUCGUCAAUCAUUCCAUGGCUCAAGUGGAGCUCAUUACUGUUGCUAACAAACAACAACAAACAAAUGUAACUAAAUUACGUGGAGAAAAGACAAGGCAAGGUGUAGGCUAGCUGGUGAAGCAUGAUGAUGGAGGAAUACCCCGAGACAUGGAAUGAAGAACAGAACUAAAUUAAUUGACGAUGAUGUUGGGGGAACAAAGAAUUCGCAAGAAAGUGAAUGCAUUGUAACUACAUAAGCAUCUUGGCAGUGUCUGCUGUACACAUAAUGUAACCUUUCUAUCUUUUCUUAUUCUGUUAUUUUUGCACAUGAGUUGAUUCUGAAGUGUUUGACAAUACCUUUGCAGAAGGAAACUAGUUUCAUGGGGUGUUGUCUUUUAUGUACAUCUAAUGGAAGGAUAUCACUAUUACAAACACCCUGUACAUUCAAAUUCUAGUUUCAAAUGUUUUUAUUGCUCUUCUUACGUGCUGGACUUCUUUUCAUGAGAGUCGAUCUUCAGACGGCAUUUAGGUAAUGUGAACGUAAAAGUAAUAUGCUAGUGAGAUUGUGUACAAUUUAAUGUGUGUAGCAUGGAUUGGCAACAGGACAGCAGCUAAUUUGAUUUCUGGUUUGUCUUAUUCUGUGUCUCCAUCUAUUCCAAAACUCAGGGAUGUGCCACCCACGUCUACAUAAUAUGAGGCUAUACUAAAUCAUUUAAGCGAUGACGGGAACGAUGGAGGGAUGAGGGUCAGCCAGUUUCCCCUCAAAAUGUCAGCACUAAAUUUUUACCGGCACUUGUGUUUUUGGUGCGUAGUAUUUGCUCUUUGCACGAAUUAACCCAGUAUUAAAUUACUAAUUCUUCAUUGUACUGUGUAAAUUCUUAAAUGCACUGCUACAUUUAAAGAAUUUAUGCCCAUCCCAGUUGUAAGCUAACAUCUACAUUCUUGAAUUAGAUAGAAGUGGUUGUGGAUGUUUCUCUUUGUGUGUGCAUUCUGCAGUCUAAAUGCAUCUUGGAGCACAGCAGCCAGACUUGAAAAGUGGCAUUUUGUAUUUGUAUUUGAUAUGUGGGACGUGUGGACAAGACCUUUAUUUACUGAUGUACAAAUAAAUAGCUUCAAUCAAUA